AUGGAUAUCCUACAGCGCCUCGCUCGCUUUCUCGACCGCCCGCUCUUCCCGUGGAAGAAGGUCAUCAUCGGCUUCUCGGUGGGGCAGUACCUGUUCGAGGAGUUCCUCUCCCUCCGCCAGUACCAGGUCCUCAAGAACACGAAGCCCCCCAAGGUCCUGCAGGCCGAGGUCUCGCAAGAUGUCUACGACAAGAGCCAGGAGUACGGCCGCGCCAAGGCCAAGUUCGGCUUCGUCAAGGGCCUAUGGGGUCAGAUCCAGAACAUUGCAUUCAUCCACUACGACGUACUCCCUAAGCUGUGGGCUUGGACCGGUCAACUGCUCCUCAACUUCGCUCCCGCUCGCUUCUCUGGCGAGAUAUCCCACUCGAUCGUCUUCGUCCUGUCCUUCAUUCUGAUUCAACAGGCCCUGUCCUUGCCCAUGUCGGUAUACCACACCUUUGUCCUGGAAGAGAAGUUUGGCUUCAACAAGCAGACCCCGAAACUGUUCAUCACGGAUAUGCUCAAGUCCAACAUGCUCGCCUUCAUCCUGACCCCUCCUAUCCUUGCCGGCUUCCUGGGUAUCGUCAAGAAGACUGGCAACCAGUUCUUCUACUACCUCUGGCUCUUCGUUGCUGGCCUGCAAGUCUUCAUGAUUACCGUCUACCCCAUCGCCAUCCUGCCGCUGUUCAACAAGCUUUCGCCGCUGGAGGAGGGCAAACUCAAGACUGACGUGGAAGGUCUCGCCAAGAAGCUCAAGUUCCCGCUGCACGAGCUUUUCGUCAUUGAUGGUAGCAAGCGUAGCGCCCACAGCAACGCCUACUUCUUUGGUCUGCCCUGGAAGAAGCACAUCGUCAUCUACGACACCUUGAUCGAGAAGAGCAAGGAGGAGGAGGUUGUUGCCGUCCUCGCCCACGAGCUGGGUCACUGGAGCCUCGGCCACACCACUCGCCUUUUCGGCAUCUCUCAGGUUCACGUAUUCUACAUCUUCUUGCUGUUCUCGGUCUUCAUCAACAAUGCCUCCCUGUACGCGGACUUUGGUUUCCUCAAGGAGCGCCCUAUCAUCAUCGGCUUCCUCCUGUUCUCCGACGCCCUUGCGCCCAUGGACACCAUCAUCAAGCUGCUCAUGAACAUCAUCAGCCGUCGUUUCGAGUUCCAGGCCGACGAGUUUGCCCGCAACCUCGGCUACAAGGCCGAGCUUGCCGCGUCGCUUAUCAAGCUCCAGAUCCAGAACCUCAGCACCAUGGAUGCCGACUGGAUGUACGCUAGUUACCACUUCUCGCACCCCAUCCUGUCGGAGAGACUGAAGGCGCUCGACUGGACACCCACCGGCAAGAUUGUCGAGGAGAAGCCCGAGGCAGAGAAGGCAGAGAAGGCUUCGGGCAGGGAGUUGUAG